ACGGUAAUCAAAUCUCUUUCUUUUCUGCUUUGCUAUUCUUGUCUCAUCCUUCUGACAACUACCUGCGCUCAUAACGUAAUAUAAUAUGUUGCAGCGACGGUUGCUUCAUACGGCAAAAGCUUGUUUAAACAAACCAUUAGCUCCAUUCACCUCUACAAAGUAUCCAAAGCUCAAAAGAAAUCCAUGCUAUUCUAAAAUAACCGAUAAGGACGUAGAGCAUUUGCGGACCUUUUUAACUUCAAGUGAUCUGAUUUACGAAAAAGAUCCUGAAAGUACUGCCAUUGCUCAUCUCAACACUGACUGGUUUAAUCUCUAUCGUGGAUCGUCAUCUUUAUGUGUUUUUCCUAAAACUACAAAACAAGUAUCACAAAUUUUAGAGUACUGUCAUGAAAGACAAAUAGCCGUUGUUCCUCAAGGUGGAAAUACAGGCGUCAGUGGAGGAGCUGUGCCCGUAUUCGAUGAAGUCAUCAUUAAUUUGUCAAAAAUGGACAAGAUUCGACACUUUGAUCCUAUUUCAGGCGUAGCGAUUGUCGAUUGCGGCGUUGUUUUGGAGCAACUGGAUCAAUUCUUGGAACCGAAAGGGUACACGGUUCCUUUGGACUUGGGUGCAAAAGGAUCAUGUCAGCUGGGUGGAAAUGUUAGUACAAAUGCAGGAGGGUUGAGAUUGAUGAGGUAUGGAAGCCUGCACGGUAAUGUGCUAGGGCUCGAAGUGGUGUUACCUGACGGAACGGUUUUGGAUAACAUAUCCACCCUUAGAAAAGAUAAUACAGGAUACGAUUUGAAACAGCUUUUCAUAGGCGCUGAGGGAACACUAGGUAUCAUUACUGGUGUCUCUCUUUUGACACCCAAACGACCAAAGGCUGUGAAUGUUGCCUUGAUCGCGCUGGAAAGUUUCGAAGCAAUACAAAAAGCGUUCGUUCUGGCAAAAGACCAUUUAACAGAGAUAUUGUCAGCCUUUGAGUUUUGGGAUCAAGAUUCUGUUGGUGUUGUAAAGUCACAGCUUAUGCAAAAAUCUAAAUACCCACUUGAAGGGAAGCAUGCCUUUUACGCGCUCAUAGAAACACAAGGCAGUAAACGUGAACAUGAUGAAACGAAAUUGUUGGAAUACAUCCAGUUACUGAUGGAGAAAGAUAUUGCUCUAGAUGGUGUUAUGGCGCAGAGUAGUGACCAAAUAAAAACUUUAUGGGCAUGGCGCGAAAAAAUCCCUGAAGCCAUUUCCAAGAGUGGUGUUGCUUUGACUUACGAUGUGUCUAUGGAUGUACCAUUACUUUAUAAGUUAGUGAAAGAUACAAAGGAGUAUUUUUCAAAGAAGGAUAUGCUCGGGCCUGGAAAAGUCUACUCUAAUUUGAUCGGGUUUGGACAUGUAGGCGAUGGUAAUUUGCAUAUCAUGGCUAAUUUGAACAAAACUGACAGUGAUGGCUUGAAGCUUAUGGACGAAUUUAUAUUCUCUUGGGCAAUGAAAAAUAAAGGCUCCAUUACGGCUGAACAUGGCAUAGGUGUAGCCAAAGUGCAGUACAUGCACAGAGCCAGGUCUGCUACACAGCUGCAACUGAUGAGAACAAUAAAAAGAGCAAUAGAUCCAAAGGGAAUUAUGAAUCCUUACAAAGUACUCCCUGAAUAAACUCGUGGACUAUAUAGUCAUUUGGAGAACUUAUCAAAGGGUUCAGUGAUAACAUGAGUGUCGCUAUUUUCUAUAUCUCUUCACUUUGAUGUUCAACUAAAAGACGCUUAGUCAAGAAUCAAAAAAGCUUAAUAUGAUCUAUUAUGAAUACAUUCGCUCUUUGGCAAACAUAUAGUAAGAGAAAGGCACGCACGCCCUUCAUUUAGCCGUUGCAAGAACAUUUGUUCGGUAGUAUUCCUCCAAAUCACCAAGGGUGUUCAGUUUAUUCACCCUACUGCCGAAGCAGUAUCCUAUGAGCGGGUUGUGCCUUGUUACUUGUAAUAACAUACUGCUGGUUCUUAACAUAAGCU